AUGUCAUCAACCGCCGUGCCUGAGAAGGCACCCGAUGAUUCUUCCAAGCUGAAAACCUUUCUCUCCAUUUUGCGAAAAUUCGUGGGUGUGACAGAUAUCGCUUCGGUUCGUUUUUCGUUGCCAGCGCAGCUUUUAGAGCCGCGACCGAAUCUGGAAUAUUGGAACUAUCUGGACCGACCAGAGACCUUUGCAAGUAUUGGCACGUCGGAUGAUGAAUUAGGUCGCAUGCUGGAGGUGCUGAAGUUCUGGUUUACGAAGGAUCUGAAAUACAUCAAGGGCAAGCCAUGCAAACCGUAUAAUUCGACCUUGGGGGAAUUUUUCCGAUGCAGUUGGGAUGUGCAAGACGUUGCCCCUCUGGAAGCCAAUCUCCCGGGGGUCGACGCAAAUGGCAACGGCACUAUUGUGAAGGAUGGAAACGAGAAGGUCAAGGUGUGCUAUUUGACCGAACAGACUUCUCAUCACCCACCCGUCUCCGCCUUCUACAUCGACUGCCCCGAGCGGGGUGUCUCCGCACGAGGUUUUGAUCAGCUCAGCGCCAAGUUCACCGGCACGAGUAUUCGAGUGAGCCCCGGCCAGCACAAUUUGGGGAUUUUUGUCAACCUCGAGAAGAGGGACAACGAGGAGUAUCAGUUAACGCAUCCGCAUGCCCACCUGGGAGGCUUGCUGCGAGGCGCUCUAUCGAUCACGGUGUCGGACGCAUGCUACAUCACCUGCCCAAAAACAGGCAUGAAGGCUAUUUUACAAUACCUGGAGGAAGGAUGGAUUGGCCGCUCGCAGAACCGGAUGGAGGGCGUGGUUUUCCGUUACAACCCCGAGAAGGAUAAUGUCACAAGGUUGAAGGAUGUAGCGGAGAGUGAUAUUAUCGCGCGACUCAGCGGGUCCUGGCACGGCAAGAUAUAUUACACCCCAGCGGGCUCCAAAGAGCCCAUUCUGCUCAUCGAUAUUGAGCCUCUCUACCCUGCGUCGAAAGAUCUGCCCCCCGAUGAUCAACAGCUAUCCAAUGAAUCCUUGAAAUUCUGGGGCGACGUGACGGAUGCCAUUGUUGGUAAACAGUUUACCCAGGCGACCAAACUGAAGCAAGACAUCGAGGAACGUCAGCGUCAGCGAGCGGCAGAGCGUAAGGCGCAAGAUGUCGAAUGGAAACCACGUUUCUUCACCGGUGCAGUCACUCCGCUGGGCAAGCCUGAAUUGACCGAGGAGGGUCAGAAGGUUUUGCAGGGGAUUCGGGAAGGGAAGUUCACCUUGGAGGAAAGUACAGUACAGGGUGCAUAG